AUGACUACAAAUAACAGAGAUUCGAAAACUUCCAAAAGUACAUCAUCACAUUCGUCGCCGUCACCAUACUCGUUACCACGAACCCCGUCAUUGUCAUCAUAUGGUGAUAAUCGUUCUGAUCGCGAUCAUAAUCAAGAACGUCCACAUACUCCUUUACCUGAGGAUGAUUUAAACCGUGCAUACACAAUUGCAUUGGUCGUUAAAGAAGCGCUCUUGGGUGCGAACAUUGGAAGUUCCGAUAACGGCCAUGACGAUCAUAGUGAAAGCAUUGAACAAAGUAAAAAUAAAGUUCACAGUAUUCAAGGUGACGACGAAGGUGAUAAAGGCAAUAAGUGGGAGACAGUGUCCCAGGCGAUAUUGAAGAAUCCCUUGCUCACUGAUUCGGAGAAGGAGACAGUUCUUAAACUCUUUUCAAAUAACGAUCGUGUUCAAGAGCAUUCACCAUUACCUGAGGAUGAAUCAAAUCGUGCAUACACGAUCGCAUUGGUCGUUAAAGAAGCACUUUCGACUGCAGGCAUUGGAGGUUCUGGUAACAGCCAUGAUGGUCAUAAUGAAAGCGUUGAACAAAAUAAGAAUAAGAUUCAUAAUAUUAAAAGGGAUAAUCAAGAUGAUAGCGUUCACGGUAGCAAGUGGGAGACAGUGUCCCAAACGUUAUUGAAAAAUCCCUCACUCACCGAUUCGGAGAAGAAAACAAUUCUGAAAAUUUUUUCAAAUAAGUGA